AUGAUGCUGAUCCGCUUGCUGCUUGUGACCCUGGCUCUGGGGGUUCGAGAGGACUCCGACAUAAGGCUCACGACGAACGUGAAAGAGCCGGCUGUGAACAAGGAUGGGUACAAGUGCUGUGAGAUGCGAUCCGGAGAAGGAGAGCCUGGAGACUACGGGGGCCUGUGCUUCGUGACAGACACAGAGCCCUGUAGCGAGCACGUGGCCGGCGAGAGGGACUUAACCUUUGACGAGGUCCAGAACGUACCUGACGAAGAGGUGAAGAAGAAUUGCAACACGCAAUGCACGCUGGCAGAGGUUGGAGGCUCUGCCGCGGUGCCCAGCGCAGCAGGAGCGUGA